UUUACAAAACUAUGGCAGUUAUUUAUUAAAAAUUAAAAAAAUAUUAUUAAAAAUAAAUUCGCAUUAAAAUAGUUAAAUAAUAUUAAAAAAUUAUAUUUUAAAUUCUAUACUUAAAUUGUAUAUACUUAAAAUAAUGUGAAAAAUUAACAGCUAAAAUGUAGUCGAAGUAAAAGAUAGAAAAAAAAAACAAGUUAAAAUUUUUUCCUUAACUCAAAUUAAAAAAGAAAAAGAAUAAUAACGAUGUCAUGGACUUUAUAUUUGUUUUCCGUAUAUUUUUCCUUUAAAUCUAAUAUAAAUUUAGUGUUAUAUUUGAAAAAAAGUCCAUUUUGAAUAGUAAAAGAAAAAGCAAGUGCAUAAUAAAUUAAUUAGAUUGAAUACUACAUACAUAUAACCGACACAUAUUAAAAAGGAACGUAAUUAUUCAGGAAAAUUUAUGUACAUAUGUACAUGUAUACGUAUAUAUAAUACAGCUGCAUACCUAAUUAAUACAAAAAAUAUAAAAAAAUUUGUUUUUGAAAUUAUAAGGGAGUAAUAUAAUAAAAUAUCCGUAAACAUUAUUCCUUUACAAAUAAUUCCACUAAAAUUUCCACCUCACAACAUGAUGGAUGUGGAAGGUGAUGGUGGAGGCGGUGGAGGUGAUGGCAUUGGUCAUAACGGUAGCAAUAUUAAUGCAUCAGAUCGUAAUACACAGGCCACAACAUAUGAACCAUUGGAUAAUAAUCACAGAAGAAAUCACCAUCGUGAACCAUUAGAUAGUCCUGAAAUGGAUUCGACUAGUCCUCCAAAGGAUCGUAAGCAUAUGGUAUAUUUGGCCUUGUUAACUGCCGGUAUUGGUUUCGUUUUGCCAUACAACAGCUUUAUCAUCGCCUCUGAUUAUUGGCAGGAAAGAUUUCCAAGGCAUUCUGUAGCACUAGAUAUGUCAAUGACUUAUAUUAUUGUAGCAUUUUCAACAGUUUUAUUAAAUAAUGUUUUUUUGUCAUUGGCACCUUUCCGAAUAAGGAUAUCAUUUGGUUAUGCAAUAUCAUUUACGACAUUAAUAUUUGUAGCAUUUGGUGAAGUAGCUUGGCAUGUAUUUUCAGCGAAUACAGCAUAUUCAGCUAAUUUGGCAGCAGUAUCACUGGUGGCGAUUGGUUGCACAGUACAACAGUCUAGUUUUUAUGGAUUUGCAAGUAUGUUGCCAAAACAAUAUACACAGGCUGUGAUGGCUGGUGAAAGUUUAGCUGGUUUUCUUGUAUCUUCCAAUCGUGUUGUGACAAAAUUAUUAAUACAAAGCGAUCGUGUUUCAACGGUUAUAUUCUUUUUGACUUCAACAAUUUAUAUUGGAUUCAGUUAUGUAUUGCUAACAGUUAAUAUGCAAUCACCAUUUGUUAGAUACCAUAUGAAGGCUUGUGCUAAGAUCGUGUUAAGACCCGAUGAAGAUAGACUGAAUGAUACUAUCGAUGGAGAUGGAUCAACAGCAAAAUAUGGCGUUUUGUCGUUAGAUUCAAGUCCUCCGCCGAAAACCGAAUCCACAACAAAUGUUGCGCUUAGUUUCAGUAACCCAGUUUAUGAAUUAUCGAAUCCAACAGCUGGUGAAAGCGUUCUGGAAGGACUAAAUAAUUUGCCCGAAUUGAUACCAACACAACAGCCGUUACAACAACAAGACACACCAAGCGUUGCUUACAAAGUUGAGCAUAUUUUAACUCCUGGUCAAUGUGGUCCUAGUCGACUAAGUGAUUUAAAGAGUGGUUUUCAAUCCAGAUGGCGUGUUGCACAAGCAAUUUAUCCUUAUAUGGUAUGCAUUGCUUUGGCAUAUUGUGUAACACUUUCUUUGUAUCCUGGCAUUGAAUCUGAAAUUGUUUCCUGCAAUUUGGGUAAUUGGAUGCCGGUACUUUUAAUGUUUGCUUUCAAUACAUCUGAUGUCAUUGGUAAAUUAUUAGCAGCUGUACCAUAUCCAUGGUCAAGACGCCAAUUAAUUUUAAUGUCAGGUUUAAGAAUAAUUCUUGUUCCAUUAUUGUUAUUAUGUUGCACACCGCGUGCACAACCUGUUAUUGCUGGUGAAGGUGCUGCGUUCGUAUUCACAAUUGCACUUGGUAUAACAAAUGGUUUAUCGGGUAGUUUACCCAUGAUGCUGGCCCCAGCCAAAGUUCCAGGAACUUUAAAAGAAGUAACUGGCAAUAUCAUGACUUUGUCAUACAAUGUUGGUUUGACUUUUGGAUCUCUAAUUGGAUACGUAUUUGAAUCAAUGCUAGGACCACAGAUACAAAGUAGUGAACUAUGUAAGAGUUUAUUUUUUACGACGGAAUCAAGUUAUGUUCAUAAUACAACUGUUUUGCCGGUUGCAAGUAGCACAUCAAUAUUAACCACAACCUUAUUACAUAAUACAAUAACAACUCCAACGCAAUCAACGGCAGCCGUUGCAACAGCAGCUCUAACAUCUUCAGCAUCAUCAACAGCUGCAGUUACAACAAGCACCUUCACAACAACUGUGGUUACAAGUUUGGUAACAGUAUUAACUUCUUUGGCGUCAAGUACAACAAAUGCUGAUUUAUCUGGCUCAUCACCUAUAACAACACCAGCCACAAUAAAUCCAGUACUACCAACAUCAUCAUUUUCAAAUGACACUCAAGAUUUAUUUACUAAUAUAAUUAAAACAACAGUUGCGGCAUCCUUCGGAAGCGAAUCAGUUUCAGAUUUUAACGAUCCCAAUUAAAAGAUCGUUGCAAAAUGCUGUGUUUUUCGUAAUAUUAGAAUUUAAAUACAAAAUCUAUUCGAAAAGGUUAUUACUUAUUAUAAAAAAAGAACACUUAAAGAUAAUAAUUUUUCCCCUAAAAAAAAAGAAAAUUUUUUUUAUAGAGAAAAUAAAAAUUUUCAAAUGUAAGGAAUAUUUCUUAAGUAAAAUAUAAGUUACAUGUAUAAUUGUAUAGUGUAUUAAUAUUAGGCGAAUAUAUAAUUAAUCUAGAAAUGACGGAAUUGAUUAACGUAUGAAUAGUUUUGCCCUAUUAUGAACGAAAUUUUAAGUUAGGAAUGAUUAAGGUACAGUACUAUCUAACUAAACAAAACACAUCCAAAUUUAAUAACUCUGUUACAACGUGUAAGGUAAAUGCGACUUUAAAAAUAGAAAAUGUGCAAUGGUAUCUUUAAUUAUUACAUCAAAUAUGAUUAUGAAAAUACCGUAAAUAUCUAAAUUUUUUUUUGUAAAAUUAGAAAAUGAAAAACGUUGUUUUCAAUGUUGUCUCGCUAUAAAGCAAAAAAAUUUAAUAAAAUUUUAUGAACGAAGAAUCCCUUUUAAAGGCAAAUAUCGCAAAAUUAUUACACAAUUUUUAUUUUCAAUAAUAUUGAUAUUUCAAAAUCUUUUACUCUAUUAAAUAAUAGGCCUUUAAUCAGACUAUUAUGUUCUGUGAACCCUUUCUUAAUAUUUUUGCUUAUUCUUUAUUGCUUUAGAAGUUAAAGUUUUACACCGUAAUUGGUGUUUCUCCAAUCUUUUUAAUAUAAGUAAAUUUAUUUCGCAUUGUUGUCAGAGUUAUUUGAAAUAAACAAGCAGUUUAUAAAACACUCAAUGUCAUCAUUUUCAAAUUAAAAAUUAAAUAACUAAAAAGUAAUAAUUAAAAAAUAAUAACCAAAAUUAUAAAAUUAAUAAAAUGGAAAACUAUUGUUAACAAUAAACGAUUUUUUUUACAAUAAAUUUUUUUAUUAAAAUUUUUAAUUCUAAUAAUAAUUUUUGCAAAAAAUAAUAUAUGAAAUACUUAAAUUAUUAAAAUUAUUUUUUAUUAAAAAUUACAACUUGAAAUUAAAAUGAUACCGUGAUAAAAACUACUCUUAUACACAUAUACACGCAUACAUAUAAAAUAGAAAAAUGAAAGUAUUAAAUACAUGCAGGCACCUUUAAAACAUUUUAUUAGUGAAAAAAUAUUCUAAAAAUUAAAACAAAAACCUAAAGUAUUUAAAGUAACAAAUUUUUAUUUUGCUUGUCUCAAUUUACUGACAAUCUAAUAAUAAUUAUAACGCACACACAAUUUAACAAUUUUUUGAAAAAAAAAUUAGAUAAUUUUAAAAGUCUAUUGAAACAUUUAAGUAGAAGUAUUAAAAAGAUUUAUUUGACAGACCUUUAGUGGAAACUUCCAAUAUUAUGCCAAAUUCCUUUUUUGUUACAUUUUACGUUCCGUAUCAUAUUCCGUAUUUUACGUUUAUAUAGAAAUGUAGUGAUUGAUUUUAGUUUAGUAUUAAAUUUUAAAUUAUAUAAAAGGGGAACUAAAAAUAUUUAUAUUAAACCAUUUUGUUUGAUGUAUUAUUUUCAUUCAUAAUUUCUGAAAACUAACACCCUUAGAAUUGGUUGGAAAGCAUUAUUAUUGUUUAGGUUUUUUCUUCUAAGAACAUUACACAGUUAAUAUAAGAAUAGAUUAUCUAAAAUAGAGAUUACCAUGGCAAUUAUUAAUUUUUUGUUUAAACAGAUUAUAUUAUAUUGUAUAAGCGCAUUUUGUAUACAUUUCAUACAUAUCUUAAUUAAAAUUAUUAAUAAAAUAUAUACAUCUUUAAUAUCAUGUUUCAAUUCGUGAAUGAGUUAAUUCACAAAUGAUGAUUAGCAUACAUGAUUUUUGAAUCAUUUAAAAAUAUAAUUUUUUUUUAGAUGCAAGAGUGUAAAGUAAUAUUUUUGUAAACAAAACUAAACAUUAAAAAAAAAUAGAUGUUUUUUUAAGUUGUGCAUUAUUUAAUUUAAAAAAUAGAAUUUAUGAAAAAAUAGAAUUUCUUUUUAUCUUAUUGCUGGUCUAUAGACGGUACAAAAUAAAAUUCUACAUUUACAUCACAUUUUACAAUUGUAUCUACGUUAUUUAAUAUUUACCACUUUAUUUAGUUCUAUUGACAAAAAUAUUAAUUUAAAUAUUUAUAAAAUCCAAUUAUUAAACAAUAUAAGAAAAACAAGACUAUGAAGUCAAUUAUACUUAUAAAUUUGAUUUACCAAUUGCUAAUGAAGUAAUUUUUAAUUAUUUAGUCUGCAAUGAUAAGUAAAUCCAUCAAGUGACGGAAAACAUACUAGCUGUAAUGAACGGCACCAUAUUAAAAUUAAGUAAUUUUUUGCUGAUUUUUGCAUCCUUAUGAAUAUAUUUGGUUUUUAAAUUAAAGGUAACAACUUUAUGAAAUUUUAGUUUUGUUAAUGAAACUUGUGCUCUUUUUUUUAAUCAAAUUAAAAUAAGUAUAGUUGGCUCCUAAUACUGUAACUGAUAAUAUUGUAGUAAUGAUAACAAUUUUUUAAAAAUACAAUUAAAAAUAUAGCAGUGGAUACUAACAAAGUACAUGAUUGGAAAAUUUUAAACGAAAAAUGAAAAGCAAAGGUUAAAAAUUAGAUAAAUAAAAUUUAACAUGUUUAAAGUUAAUUAGAAUUAGAGUACGAUUAAGAGCAAAAAAGAAACAAAAUAUACAAAAAGAAAUGUUAAUAAAUUAUUUUUGUUAUAAUUACUAAUAUGGUAUUAAAAUAAUAUUCAACAUAUAAGCACAU